AUGGAACCUUACACUUAUUCAUCGUUGGAAAUGCUUACAAAGUUUAUGAACAUUGAUGUUUCAUCUAACCAUAUUGUUAUGGUACUUUUGGUAAUAGGUUUAGCAACCUUUUACUUUGCAUGUAGAAGAAAAGUACACAUUUAUUUGAUAGAUUUUAAUUGCUAUUGUCCUCCAAGUUCUUAUAGACUACCUAAAGCAAUGUUUGAAGAGAAUAAUGCUUAUGAUGAAAUGGAACAAGAAGCCGUUGACUUCAUAAGUAAAAUCAGUGCGAAAUCUGGAUUCAGCGAUGAAACGUCGAUUCCUCCGUCUCUUGCUCAAAUACCUAAAGUUAAAGCUCUCACAUUUGCACUCGAAGAAGCUGAAACAAUAAUGUUUACAGCAGUCAAAGAUCUUUUAGCAAAAAACAAAAUCAACCCGAAAUCCAUCGAUAUUUUGAUAACUAACAGUAGCAUUUUCUGUCCUACGCCGUCUCUUAGUUCAAUGGUGGUUAACAAGUUCAUGAUGAGAAGCGACAUCAUGAGCUUCAAUUUAUCAGGUAUGGGAUGCAGUGCUGGAAUUAUAGCAGUUAGUCUUGCUAAAGACUUGUUGAGAGUUCAUAGGAACUCAAUGGCUUUAAUAGUAAGCACAGAGACACUUAGUUUAAAUUGGUACACAGGGAAAGUUCCAUCUAUGCUACUAACUAAUUGCUUAUUCAGAAUGGGAGGAUCAGCUAUAUUGAUGUCUAGUAGGCUUCAAGAUAAGCAUAAGGCGAAAUAUGAGCUACAACAUAUUGUAAGAACAAUCAAUGCAUAUGAUGAUCAAUCUUAUGCAUGUGUCUACCAGAAUGUGGAUUCGGAGAACAAGGAAGGUGUAUCGAUAUCAAAGAAUAUAGUUAAUGUUUGUGGUGAUGUGUUGAAGAAGAACAUUGGUACAUUAGGACCAUUGGUUUUGCCAUGGAGGGAGCAGUUCCUGUAUGUGAUUUCGAUUCUUUGUUACAAACUAUGUAGUAGAAGAACAAGCAUAUAUACUCCAAAAUUUAACAGGGCUUUUGAGCAUUUCUGCAUACAUUCAGGAGGAAGAGCUGUUAUACAAGCCAUUGAAAGAAACUUGAAGCUAAAAGAACUGGAUGUGGAGCCAUCAAAAAUGACUUUAUAUAGAUUUGGAAACACUUCAUCUGCUUCAAUUUGGUAUGAGUUGUCCUACAUAGAAGCAAAAGGGAGGAUGAAAUGUGGAGAUAGGGUGUGGCAAAUUGCCUUUGGAAGUGGAUUCAAGUGUAACAGUGCAGUAUGGAAAUGUCUAAGUGAUGUUAAGCCUGAUAUCACCACUGCUUGGAGGGACACAAUACACUCAUACCCAGUAGAUAUUUUGUGA